AUGGUUGCCCUCGCCACUUCGCUCCUCCUCGCCCUGGCCUCGGCCUCAGUGGCCUGGAAGACCGGAGCAGAGAAAUGCGAUGCCUACAGCCAUUACAUCAACUACACCACAGUACCAGGGUUUUUCCUGCAACAUGAGGCCGGCACAGAUGCUUCAACAUUUGACUACACCACAGUCAGCUUCGGUCUCCUUAAUAGGACUUAUCCCACGGACUCAUUCUACGGAAGAAAUCUCCAGAACCAGACUCAAUGGCAGCGUUUUUCAGCCUACAUUGACGCAUUGAACGCAAACUCCAGCGAUGAUGUUGCGUACAAGGUUUUGUUCCUGGCAAGGCACGGUGAGGGCUACCAUAACGCGGCUGAGUCUUUCUAUGGCACUCCUUCUUGGAACUGUUACUGGGCUGAAGAAGAGGGCAAUGCUACUGUCACCUGGAGAGAUGCUCUCUUGACGUCAGACGGCAUUGCGCAGGCUCAGAAGGCGAACGCGUUCUGGAAGAGCCAGAUAGCCACAGCUGGGCUCCCAGCGCCCGAGUCAUAUUACACCUCACCACUGCGGAGGUGUCUCUAUACCGCUAAUGUCACAUUUGGCGGCCUUGAUCUCCCCACGGAUAGACCGUUCACACCAACUAUAAAGGAGUUCUUCCGCGAGGGUAUUAGCAUCCACACAUGCGACAGUCGCUCCAACCGCACCCACAUCUCCAGCCUCUUCCCCGCUUGGGGGUUUGAGCCCGGCUUCCCGGAACAAGACCCCUACUGGAACGGCAUCACGGGCGAGGACUCCUCCAGCCAAGCGGCGCGCUCAAAGAUCGUGCUCGACCAGGUCUUCAGCGAGGACGACGCAACCUGGCUUUCCGUCACGAGCCACUCAGGCGAGAUCUCGACCAUCCUGUCCGUGCUUGGGCACCGAGCUUUCCGCCUCGCGACAGGCCAGGCGAUUCCGGUGCUCGUCAAGGCGGAGAGGCAGUACCAGGCGUACCCGUCUACAACUGUUGCUGGCUGGACGUCUCGGGCGACCUGUACUGCGCCGCCGGUCACUAGCCUUGCUACUGGCGGGUGCGUCUGUUCUAGUGCGACGGCGACGGCUACGGCGACUCCCACGGCGGCGGGGGCAGCAAUGAGAGGCUAG